AUGAUUUAUGUAUAGCAGUUAUCCCAAUGAAAAAAUAGCGUUUCAAAUCCUAAAAAGAAUUUGCCCAAAUAAGCUUCAUGCAAAUUUUCUCAUCUUUUCCCCGCCAAUUAAAUUUCUGGCUGCCAUCGCGCAGCCGGUUCCAUGAUACAAACAACAUUAUUUAGCGUGGGUGAUACCGGCCAUUGUUGCUCCAGAAGCGUCCACUGACACAGUAGUCAUUUUGUUUGGUUUUUAUAAUUUUGAAUAAAAGAAAGAUUAUUUUUUCUAAUCGCUCUAUUCUUGGUUUUACUUUGGCUACAUUUAUCAUGCCUCCACCAGCUGAAAAAUUACAGCAACUGGAACAGUUGGAAAAAGAAUUGGCUAAUGCUUUGCAGGCUGCAAGUCAGACUGUUUUGGAGUUAAGCAAAGAAAAACCAAGUCUAAAGCAAGCAGAAACUUUUACUUCUACUUUUCUGAAAUCUCUGGAAACUGUUGAAACUGGAUUAUCACAAAACAUCACUUAUCUGACUCAAGUGUCAACUGGGCAAGCUCAUGAAGGUUCCAGUUAUGCUAGCCAGAAGAUGAUGCAAAUGGCCUGGCAUCGACUCAAGCACUCCCAGUCUAGGCUGAAUGACCUUGAGAGGCUUAAGAAUAAGCAAAUCCAGGAAAACAAUGCCCUUCUUGGACAGACAGAGAUCAAGCCUGAACCACCCCAGGAGCCCUAAAAUGUGUGGAUAAUCACAAAGCUUUGCUGUUUUUGACCUUUUUACAUUCAUCUUUGAAAAUAGAAUAAGAGACAAAAUUUCCAUUCUCAGUUGCUUUUAAUGAUUUGCUUUUGUGGAACUGAAUUCUACACUUGAUUUAUAUUUGCAUCUGAUAUAUUGGGAAGUCAAAUAACAAAAUACUGAUGGUAUUGAAUAAUUAAUUACUCUUUUGAAAUAGGAGAUAAAUUUUGAAAUGCAUUUUAUUAGAUUUUAUGAUAUCUAUUUGCAUGCUAUUAUGAUGUUAAGUAAGAAGAAUAAGUUACAUAAGUGUGAUCUAAAAUAUGACUGAUUACUUUUCUAGAACAAGGAUAAGUUUGCAUAUUCCUUAUGAAGAUUAACAUGCAUAAAACUUGGGUAUUAAUUGAAUUUGAAGGAAAAUAUUUAUGUAUGGUAUAAAUUUUCUUGAAUAAAAAUGAGAGAAAAAAAAAGUGAAUUGAGUUUUAAUAUAAUUUUUAGCAAAGUGAGAUAUAGCCUUUUCUAAUGCUUUUUGAAAACAAACUAUGCUCUCUGUUCACUGGAUAUCCUUCAUGACAAAGCUUUGCUUUGAUAAUCUGAAGAAUUCUUGUUAAUUGCAUCUAUCUGUUAUUUUUUUCUUUGCAUUGCUUUAAUCAAAAUCGCCUGUUUUGUAAACAUUACAGGUUUUAUUUUAGGUAAAUUGAAAUGUUUUAUUUAAAAUUUUUGACUAUACUUAUUCAAAUGUUUUUCCUUCCUAUAUUAAAUUAACAGUUUCGGCUCAAUUCUAACAAAGAUAUUUGAUUACUGAAACAUUUUUUGUAUGCAUUUUAAAAAUGUAAAACAUUUUCAAACUGAGUGUGUAUUAUUUAUUCAUAAAUCAAGUCAAGAUAUUAUAAAUAUACAAUGCUGAUUAUUUGUGUAGUUUUAGCCCUCUCAGUUUUUUGAAGUUAGGGGCAUAACAUUUUGACAAAUCUGUGAAGUUCAGUAAUUUCUCUGAUCUCAUGAAUUUUCUAUGUCUCAUAUUUAUUAAUAGAUGUUAGUAUAAAAAUUUUAAUUGUUUUUUCUGUCGUCUGUAGAAAAGUACUCUAACAGUUUAUAUUCAACAUUCCUUUUUAUAUAUUUUUUAAAAAUGUAAACAUUGUAAUCUUGUUAUAAAAUGUAAUAAUUGCCAAUAAUUUGUUCUCUUAUUUAUGUUUUUGAAAAUUUUAUAAAAAAGUUUUUGCACUGUCAUAAUAUUUAAAAAAAAAAUUAUUUAUUUAAUGAUAUACAUAGUUAGUACGUAUGCAAAUAUUUCCUUCAUUUUGAGGAUUUUUUAAAAAUAUAUUUAUGCGUCAUUUAUUAACAAUAGUUUUUAUUUUUGUGAUUCUUUCAAAUUGGAAACAUUUUCACUGUUUCUACAAAUAUUUUUUUUCAAUUAUUGAAAGCUAACAAUGAAUGAUUGUUUUUAUUAUUUUUAUAUUCUUUGACAAUGCUGUAGUAAAUUUUGUUUCAUCCAUUUUUUUUGUGAAAUCUGCUAACUUAGUCAUUUCAAACAUUAAUGACAUUAAAAAAUUUAUCCAGUGUAUUCAAAGAUUAUUUCUGUUGGGUUCUGAUUCUUUUUAUCAGCAUACUAAUAUGCUGGGGCAUUUUAUUGUUGGAAUGUAUCUUGCGUUUUCCAUGUGGAAUCGGAAAUUGAAGUUACGAGUUAUUUAUAAAAUAAUGCAUAGUUAGAUAUUGCAUGACAGACUAUUGCGUUAUGCAUGCAAGUCUGCGAUUCCAUUAGGGAAGUUCAUAUAUACAAUAAACAAGACAGUUGUAAGGCUAUUUAAAUAACAUGUCCCCAAUAUCUGUCAUCAUGAGUUCAGGCUUAAAAACUAGUUUUUUGAUGAAUAUUGUGAAUAUCAAAUUAUGCAUAAAGGAUUCUGAAUUUGUUUUCUUUUAAUUCCAUAUAAUUUCUUUCAAUUCUGAAAAAAAAAAAUUAUUCUAAUGAAAUUUGUUUUGAACAUCUAAUGCCAUUUACUGAAUACAAGACAUUUUUAAAAUUUCUAAUAUAUGUUGUGAACCAAUAGACAUGAUAAUGUUGUUGCCCAACAGAUUUGAUCAGCUAAUUUAUACAACUCUUGAUAAAAGGUGUUCAUUUUUUUUUUUAUGCAUUAUAUUGCAAAAUAUAUUUAAAAUGUCUUGUUCCAUUUUAUGUUCUGUGCUCGUAUUUGUCAAAUAAAAUGUCAUUAUGUGUAA